CGGGGCAGAAGGGCGACCCCACUCCACGGCGGUGGGGGUUCGUAGCCCCAGCCCCCGGCCCAGGCAAUGUGGGGCCCUCCGGGUGCCGAGGCGUGCGUGGCGGCGCUCGGAGGCGUGCUCUUUUUGCUGUUCUUCGCGUUUGGGAUCCGCCAGCUACUGAAGCAGAGGCGGCCCACUGGCUUCCCUCCCGGGCCGUCGGGGCUGCCAUUUAUCGGCAACAUCUACUCGCUGGCCGCCUCAGGCGAGCUGCCCCACGUCUACAUGAGAAAGCAGAGCCAGGUGUACGGCGAGAUCUUCAGUUUAGAUCUUGGAGGAAUAUCAACUGUGGUUUUAAAUGGCUAUGAUGUAGUAAAAGAAUGCCUUGUUCAUCAAAGUGAGAUUUUUGCAGACAGACCAUGCCUUCCUUUAUUCAUGAAGAUGACAAAAAUGGGAGGCUUACUUAAUUCCAGAUAUGGUCGAGGAUGGAUUGAUCACAGAAGAUUAGCUGUAAAUAGCUUUCGCUAUUUUGGAUAUGGUCAAAAGUCUUUUGAAUCUAAAAUCUUAGAAGAAACCAAAUUUUUUAUUGAUGUUAUUGAAACAUACAAAGGUAGACCUUUUGACUUGAAACAAUUAAUAACAAAUGCUGUUUCAAACAUAACCAAUCUGAUCAUUUUUGGAGAACGAUUCACUUAUGAAGACACUGAUUUUCAGCACAUGAUUGAGUUAUUCAGUGAAAAUGUGGAACUGGCUGCCAGUGCCUCCGUCUUCCUGUAUAAUGCCUUUCCAUGGAUUGGCAUCUUACCUUUUGGAAAACAUCAACAGCUAUUUAGAAAUGCAGCUGUGGUCUAUGAUUUUCUCUCCAGGCUUAUUGAAAAAGCUUCCAUCAACAGAAAGCCUCAGUUACCUCAGCAUUUCGUUGAUGCUUAUUUGGAUGAGAUGGAUCAAGGUAAAAAUGACCCAUCAUCUACUUUCUCCAGAGAAAAUCUUAUUUUUUCCGUGGGUGAACUCAUCAUUGCUGGAACCGAAACUACAACCAAUGUGCUACGGUGGGCAAUUCUUUUCAUGGCCCUUUAUCCUAACAUUCAAGGACAAGUUCAGAAAGAGAUCGAUUUAAUUAUGGGACCCACUGGGAAGCCUUCUUGGGAUGACAAAUGCAAAAUGCCUUAUACCGAGGCAGUUUUGCAUGAAGUUUUAAGAUUCUGUAAUAUAGUGCCAUUAGGGAUUUUCCACGCAACCUCUGAAGAUGCAGUCGUACGCGGUUAUUCCAUUCCUAAAGGCACGACAGUAAUUACCAAUCUUUAUUCUGUACACUUUGAUGAAAAGUACUGGAGAAACCCAGAAAUAUUCUAUCCUGAGCGUUUUCUGGACAGCAGUGGCUAUUUUGCCAAGAAAGAAGCUUUGGUUCCUUUUUCCUUGGGGAGAAGACACUGUCUUGGAGAACAGCUGGCUCGGAUGGAAAUGUUCCUGUUUUUUACAACAUUGCUUCAGAGGUUUCACCUGCAUUUUCCACAUGAACUGGUUCCAGAUCUGAAGCCCAGAUUAGGCAUGACAUUGCAACCCCAGCCCUACCUCAUCUGUGCAGAAAGGCGCUGAAAGUGCGUGGAUGUUUUCUGGGAAAAGGCUAUCUGGUUGCCUUUUACCUCUGAACCUUGUUUAUCUAAUCAGUGUGCGCGUUUGGACAAAAAUCACAGCAUCAUAAAGCCAAAUGAACACAGGUGUGUCUUUGAAAACAGUACUAAAGCAAUAAUAAGCAUUAGCUACGUUUUUUUUAAGCUUUUAUGACUUCUAAGGCAGAAUUAUCUGUGGAGGAAAACAAAGGUGCAAAUGACAGGUGUUGCUUAAGUAAGAAGGGCCGUGGAUGCCCCAAGCAGAGCCUGACUUUUCAGCCUCUUGUUGAACACCACGUACUUCUCAUCCUUUCUUAACUCCAUCUUGCUCUGGUCCUGGGGUCCCUGUUUCCAAAUGCCAAUGCCAGCCCCCUUCUGAUCAGGUAUCAUCAUUAAUGGGUAGUGUGGUAUGCGUCCAGUUUAAUAGAGGACUAAAGGAGAAAUUAGAACCCAGAUAAAGGAGUUUGGAGUACAGAGGUAUUUUAGACAUGGUGGCAGAUAAUAGAAGAAAUAUCUACAUAUUUUAGAACCUGCCAAUGCUUUCAAGUCUUGCUCCCUACUAUACCUUCAUAAAAAUUGUGUCAUCUCCUUAUAAAUGAGGGUCCCUGUGACCCCUGAGUAUUCAUCCUCAUAGCAUCAGUUCCGUAGAAGGAAAUUGCAAUAAUGUAAUUACAAUAAAAAUGACCCCCAGAAAGUGAUUAUUAAUUCUUCACAGGCACAGACAUUUUUCCUAGUACCACUCUUUUCCUAAACCAGGCACAGGUCCUAAAGAUUGAAUCAUUUUACUUGUAGAGGUCUCUAGUCAUUUCCUUGGAUUAUUGUAUUUUCCUGAAGAUAAUACUAUAUAAAUCCAAAAAAAAAAACCAUGCUUUAGAGUCAGGGUAAAUGUAUACAUUGGGACACUUCAGAGUGAUGGGCUUCUGUUAAUAAUGAUGCCAGGAAAAUGUGUGAACUGUGACUGUCCUGAUCAAACUGCUCUGUGUAUCUACCCGUAUAUAGUUUUUUAACAAGAUUUCUUCCAAGAUUAUACAUCAAGGGUUUCUGCUUGUAUAACUUGGCUCAUGAGUACUUGCAGCCUUGUUUGUAUAUAUACAACAAUGACUUCUGUUAAGAAUAUGAAUUUAGGGGUGCCUCAGUGGCUCAGUUGGUUAAGCGUCUGACUCCUGAUCUCAGCUCAGGUAUUGAUCUCAGGGUCAUGAGACUGAGCCCUACAUUGCUCUGUGCUGGGCGUGGAGCCUACUUAAAAGAAAAAAAAGAGAGAAUAUGAAUUUAACCUUAGUAACUUCAUCUGUUGAAUAUUUCCAAGUGUGAUGAAUCAGGAGUCUUUGCCUUUCUGGCUUAUUAAGAUGUUUCUGGUUGCAGGAGGGAAAAAGUCCUGGGUAGAUACACUUCAAUGGGACAUUUGGAGGUAGUAUGGCAGUUUUAGGGUGAGUAUGUCCUACAUGCUCCAUACUACAAAGAUCUGCUUGCUCACAUCCCUCGAUUUGGCUUCCCAGAUGGCAUCAGCUUUAUCUUAAGGCAGACUCGUGGAAGUACAUGUGCUUUGUUCUCCUCCUUGUAGAGACAUGGGAGCUUUUCAGAUAUUCCCCCAGAACUGUUCUUUGUGUCCCAUUGGUCCUAACUAAGUUACAUGCCCAUCUUUUAAAACUCUGUCUUUUGAGUGGGAUUAUGGUUCACUUAGGCCUCACUUCUAGAGCCCGUGAUGGACUUGGCUUCUCCCAAAGUACAUGUGCUACCCUGGGGAAGUAUAGUUACCUAAACAGAAAUAAGGAGAGUUAUGAAGAGAAGAGGAACUCCUGACUAGCAGACCAAUUACAAUGUCCACUUCACUGCCCCCUGACCACUUGCUAGGCCCAGCAGCUAUCCUACCUGCCUCCCUGCCUCUAGACAAAUGUGUUCAUUCAAGUUGCUUUUGAUCUUUCUCUUCCUUUGAUGAGCAAAUCUCUCAUCCCUGGGCCUCCUGCUUACUGUCAUAUCUCCUCUGAAUGCCUGAGGUGAACUUCUGAGACUGGAGAUUCUGGAGGGUUGGUGGUCUUAGCAAAGAAAUUUACUGAACUGGAAUGGAUUGUAAUCAAAAUUAAGGAGGCUUCUUUUGCUCCUGAAUGCUACCACUAUUUCUUUUAGGAUGACCUUCAUAAACCUACAGAGAAUGAAAAACAUACUGUUUAUUUUCUUUACUUUGUACCCAUUUCUUACGUUACAUGUUUUCUUACUGAGGUCAGUGCGAACUUGACAAAAUCGUUUAAAAAUGCAGAUUCAUAGCUUGUUAAAUGUAAAAGAGCUUUCAUCUCAUUGUGCUCAUUUUAUAGCCAAAGAAAUGGGAGUUCAGAGGGAAAAUGAUUCCUGUAGUUCAGAGCAGACACAUGUCCUUCAUCCCUAUGCUUUUUACUCCUAAUGAUUUAUACUGUGCUUUACAGUUUAUAAGGUUGUUUUUCAAUAUACUGUCAACUCUUGACUAUUUGGAGCCAAUUAACUGUGGUAAAAAAUAAAAUGCUGCCGUUUUUGAAAACUAUAAA